UUUGGUACUCCAUUCUACAGCGAACCGAGUCAGUUCUCGGUGGUACUGCGAUCGGGCCACUCCGCCACCGCGAUACCUGUUUCCUCGCUGUCAUUUUUCGGUCAUUCUUCAACUACCAACUUUACUAACCACUCUACGGUGGUGCCGAGUCGAAAUCUCAUCGACACGUUCUGAAAGGAAUUUUCACGCGGCAAGUGACAACAAGGAAAACCGUGCUCUUCGUUGGAAAGUUCUUUUAUUCCGUUAAAAGAGAAACGUUAGGCGAAGGGAGAAUUAUUAUUACAACUUCCGGGAUCAUCGUUGGCGUCGAGGAGAGAACAACGGGGAAUGUUCCAAAGAGAGACGAAAUUUUAUCCGCUCCCCUAUCUCUAGUCAAUUCGAGUUGGUUUUUGAUAUUGAAAGUGAAGCUGGCGUAGUAGUAUGAGAUUUAUUGAAUGACUGACUAUGGGGAUGACAGUGAACGACAGAACGGUGAGAUUUAAUUGAGUCGAGAUAUCGAUUCGGUGCUGGUUGUUUGCUACUGAGGAAGCUGCUCUACUCAUCUUUGAUCGGAGACACCUGCGUCGCAGAAAUGGAGGACGCCAAUAAUACAUCGGAAGCACCUCCCGCUUCCUUGGAACUGAAAACUCGAAGACCUCCCCUUCAAACGCAAGUCUCGACUCUGGACACGAAAAAAAGACAAGCGGUGUAUGUGAGAAGAGCCUGUAAGAAGUAUGGCCCGAAAAACAAUCCGAAUAUUAUUUUGGAUGGGCUAAACAUGACUGUACCGAAAGGCACGAUAUACGGUCUGCUCGGUGCGAGUGGUUGCGGAAAGACUACGUUACUUUCUUGCAUCGUGGGUCGAAAGCGUCUGAAUUCCGGUGAGAUCUGGGUGCUCGGUGGUCGACCAGGCUCCAAAGGAUCGGGUGUUCCUGGUCCACGAGUGGGUUAUAUGCCGCAAGAAAUCGCGUUGUACGGCGAAUUCUCCAUAAAGGAAACGUUGAUAUACUUCGGCUGGUGCGCUGGUAUAACUACGCAAAAAGUUGAAGAAAAAAUACACUUUCUUGUAAAGUUCUUGCAGCUUCCAUCGGCAAAUCGUUUCGUGAAAAAUUUGUCAGGUGGUCAGCAGAGACGAGUGUCUUUCGCCGCGGCUCUUGUCGCUGAUCCAGAAUUAAUGAUUCUGGAUGAACCUACAGUGGGUGUAGAUCCUGUUUUGCGACAAAAUAUUUGGGACUAUCUCGUCGACUUGACGAGAAACGGCAACAGGACCAUCAUGAUCACCACCCACUACAUCGAAGAAACAAGACAAGCUGGUAUCAUCGGUUUGAUGAGAGGUGGUAAGUUAUUGGCCGAGGAAUCGCCGACGAAAUUAAUGGAGAUGCACAACGUGGACAGUUUGGAGGAAGUAUUCUUAAAUCUCAGCAAAAAACAAAAUAUGGGUCUUCGAAGAAGAAGCAGCAUCCUCAGCAGUGUUACUGGUGUCCCCCCUGAAGAUACUGCGAAUGACGAAAUGAGCGGAGAAUUCGGCGACAACGUCAGUGUUUCUAGUCGAAGGAAAAGCAUUGUCAUCGAUCAUUCGAGUGUGUUGGAUAUGCCACCGGAAGACGAAUCUUCCAAGACGUCAAUGAUGGUUGAUCCGAUGCACAUGAAAGCACUUUUAUGGAAAAACUUCCUAUGGAUGUGGCGAAACGUGGGCAUAAUGUUAUUCAUCAUCGGUCUACCAGUCGUUCAAAUCGUUCUAUUCUGCAUUUCCAUUGGCAAAGAUCCGGAAGGCCUGAGAAUGGCAGUAGUGAACUAUGAAUUGAACAGCAACAUGAAACAUUGUAUGCCAAUAGAGGGCUGUAAUUGGACUAUGUUAAGUUGUCGAUUUUUACAACAUUUAGACAAAAGUCAUGUGGAUCUUAUAUCAUACGGCACUGAAGAUGAGGCUAGAGACGCUGUUAAAAAAGGCGAUGCCUGGGGUGCCAUAACAUUUCCGUCGAAUUACACAGAUUCCUUGGAAGUGAGAAUAAAUGAUGGAAAAUAUGCCGAUGAUUGGAGUAUAGAUUACUCUAAUGUAGAAAUCACUAUGGAUAUGUCUAAUCAGCAAAUUGGCUACCUUCUUCUAAGAAAGAUUUAUAAUUCGUACGCAGCAUUUGCCGAAGAAAUGUCAGAGAUUUGCAAUUACAAUAAGAAAAUGGCAAAUAUACCGAUGCUGUUUGAGCAGCCAAUAUAUGGCCCUAUGGAACCAAAUUUUACCGAUUUUGCGGCACCCGGUGUUAUUCUAACAAUAAUUUUCUUCUUAUCGGUUGCACUCACUUCCGGUGCCAUGUUGAUGGAAAGAAAUGAAGGUCUCCUCGAAAGAAGUUUAGUUUCAGGUCUCACUGGAACGGAAAUUCUGUUUGGACAAGUUAUAACACAAUUCACGAUAAUGAUAGGCCAAACAGUAAUGGUUCUAAUAGUCUCGUUCGCAGCUUUCAAUAUCACUUGCGAAGGUAAUAUCGGUCUGGUCGGACUACUGACUGCCCUUACUGGAUUGUGUGGAAUGUGUUUCGGAUUCGUCAUUGCAUGUUUAUGUGAAAACGAGAGGACCGCUACUUAUCUCGCUUUGGGAGCUUUUCUACCCAUUGUAAUGUUAUGUGGAAUCAUCUGGCCUGUCGAAGGAAUGCAUGAUCUAUUAAGAUUUAUUAGUUACACGAUGCCUCUCACAAUGAGCACAGAAUCAAUGAGAGUUAUACUAGCUAGAGGAUGGUCGAUGUCGAUGUCAACAGUUUACAGUGGCUUCAUCGCUACAUUUUGCUGGAUAUGCAUUUUUAUGACUCUGUCGAUAUUGUUGAUCAAAUUUAAGAAAGGAUAAGAAUCUCUGUUUAAAUUACAGAUUGUUGUACGACUCAACAUAUUUUAUAGCUAUGAAAUAUAUCGUACAAAAUCUACAGCCUAACAUAAUUCGAUGAAUCGUAUGUACGUUAUACGUUAUACAUAGGAAAAUAAAUGAAGGAUAUUACACACCGAGGAUAUUACACACUUUUUGUUGCUCAACGUUGCAUUAUAGUUGUUAUAUAUACUUGUAUAUAUAAUACUAUUAUGUAUUACUAUUAACAUAUAUAAUAUUAUGGAAUUGUGACGGUAUUAUUUGUACAAUACAGUUGUAAGUAGGCGUAACGUAAGCGUAAAGUUGUAAUUACGCAAUCUUUUUAUAAUGAUUUUAAAAUCUGAAUCAUUGAUGUAGAAUACAGAAUAACCAAUGACCUCUUUUUUUACGACUCAUAGCAAUGUCGUACUAUACAAAUGCAAAUUAAAGUAUUUUGCUUCUAUAUAAAUGUAUUUUAUAAUAAACGGAUGUACACAUGAACGUGUUAGAAAAAUGUUACCGCAUAAUAAAAAUCGGCGAAUAUUAUUGUAUAAAAAAAUAUUAAAAUUUUAUUUCAAAUAA